AUGCGUCUCCCCGUCGAGUACCAACCGCUUUGGUGCCCGGACAGAGACGGAGGCAGCCACCACCAGAACCCAAGCCGAGAGCCGUCCAUCUUCGACGGGCCACGCCCACUGCACCGCGAGGGUCGGCAGGUCUCGAGAGAGGCCCAUCAGACGACAGCCGCCGGAGACGGGUCGUCUGGUGUGACCGCCGAACCGGCCGACGGAGCCCGGUGCUCUCCGGAAAACCAGAGCCGCCAGGGUGGCAUCGGGCAAGAGCCGCGUUCCGCCUCGAUCCGGUCCACUAGUUUGGACUCCGGUACCCGGCAACCCGUGCAUGUGAGAACCUCCCAACUGCCGGCGACAACGCCGUCCGGGUCGGCGUGGGCUAAUCUUGGCCAGCCCGCUGGCCUGACAGUUGCCCCUUUGAGGAUCCAGAAAGCAGCCGACCAGAGCCCGGCACCCGCUAGGGAGGGACCAUUUUCCCCAGCCUGGGCCACAUCGGGCCGUUACCUGCCGAGUGGCCAGCAGGCCGGCCACUCCAUACCAAACUUGCAUGGCCCGAGGCCGCAACCCCAAAGGAAACGCGGAGCCGCCCACGGACCCCAUGGUGUUCGUGUGGUACCCGAAUCGCCUCCCACGAACAACGCCUCUACCGCUGCCACGCAGCCCGGCGAGGCCGAGGUGCGUCAUGAAACUCUCGCCGUUCCUGAUCCCUUGCCUCGUCCGUCUUCCGGCGCACUGAGGUUCGAGGAUAUAGACCACCCCGGGGUGCAACAGGCAGGGCAGAAACGCGGCCUAUUCCAAGCUGUGACUGGCCUGGUUUUCAAAAGCCCCUCGAUCGAGAAACCGAGCACCAAUCCCGUCGUCAACCUCGUGAUCGUACCGAGGUACAUCCUUGCGAACAGCCAGUUGGUGGAUCUCGAGAGUGAGAACGCAAGAGUCUAUGGAGUCCUUCUGAAAGAGACGAACUGCGAAGAUCCACCGAAGCCUCGUGAUGAAUCUCAGUACAAGCGCGACAGUGGCAUCGUCGUUGAGGACUCUAGCGAGGCAAGACGGAGCAGCACGUCGUCUCAUUGGAGUUCCUUGAACAGCGAAGUGGAGGUUUCUCCAAGGUCCAGCUGGUCAGAGUGA